UUUCUUUAUAAAAUGAAAGAAAAAAGAAGAUGUUGGAAAGAGCGAGGAACUUCCUGAAGAAGUCAAUGACUUGUCAAAACUUAAUGCUGAAACUUUGCAGGUGCUGUAAGUCUCGACGUGUUUUGAUUACGUCUAAAUAAUCACAUAAACCCUUCAUUGUUUGCUGUUGUUCCUUUCAUAACAUGCGCCUACCUAAUUACCAUACACAAUUUCCAUUCAUACAUUGACCGUAUUCACUGUAAAUUUAAUACAUAUUAGCUUGAAAUUCAGACGGUCACUCGAUAUCGUUGAGAUGGUCCAAUGCAUAUUUCUUAUAAUAAUUCCAUAAUUCUUUAAAUUAUCAGUAUGAAUUUUACUGUAUAGCUCUCGGAGUAUCCCAUAUUAUAUUUGUUUGGUAAAAAUAUAUCAAGUUUUUUUGUUUUAAAAAACCACCGUAACAAAUCGUGUAUUGUAGUUGUGAAUAUUUGACACUACUACGUAUCGGACAACUAUAUUUUUACAUUAAUUUGUGGUUCAGUUGACAUUCAAUUGAGUUGUACAACGAACGCGUAAAUGAGCUCGGACAAUGGACACUGACAAUAAACACAGACAUUAACCCACCGUAUCAUCUUUAGGGGUUAACCGUAACACAGAUAAAGAAAAUUCGUGUUUUAAUUGAUGAAGAGAUCGUGAACUGUCGUAAGCAAGUGGAAGAAUGGGAGAAACAGAGAAAUUCAAUGUUGUUUGAGAUUGGAAAUUUACUUCAUGAUGAUGUCCCAGUUAGUAAUGAUGAGGUGCGUAGGUAUCUAAUUAUAUUACCUUUGACCUUCACUUUCUUUAUUGCUUUUGAUUGCGAUGUGAUGUGAUAUUUACUUUACUCAGAUUCCCCCAGAGUCAGGUGGAAUUCUUGUCCUUCAUCCAUUUCGUUCCGUAGUUGUUGUCCACUGUCAGUCCACGUAUUUCCUAUUCUGUUUCACCCGCCCCCUGUUUCUCCCUUUCUCUGACUCAAUGAUGUUUCCGAUGUGUUCUCCUUCAUCUCUCCUUAUUACGUGUCUAUACCAUCCCAGUCUUGCUUUCUUCACCUCCUUUGCAAUGUCUAUCACCAUAUCUUCCUCUGAUCUCUUUAUUCCGUAAUGUCACUGACUAGCACAUCUUCAACUCUUUAAAACAUACCUUCUCAUCCCAGCUUCUCUCUCAUUCCCUGUAUUGCGUACCAUCCCACAUCUUAUCCUGAUAUCUUCCUUCUCAUCUUGACCUUCAGCAAAACCGCAUUUCCUUGCUCCCUAUCAGAUCAUCUUUUUUCAUAUACAGCAUUAGUACUUAAAGUGUAGCUCCGUACAGUAUUAGAUAACUUGAGAGCCUGCUCGCAGGCUAUAUUAGAUAAUAAAAUGUUGCAUGUGCAUUAUUGAAAUAGAACUGAAACACUGCGUGUCCUCCAUGAAAAGCGUCAAGUCGUCGCGAAAAUAUUUCGUGCACUUAAAUUGGAUUAGACUCACUACCAAUUCCCGUUGACUCGAUAGCUCAAUGGUCUAGAAACCUGAAGAUGUGAGUUCGGUUCAUGUGUCACAACGUGCGCAUGGAGCAGACUAUGUACCUAAGCACUACUGCGAUCAACGAAGAUGCGAGUUCGAAUCCCGUGCGAGAUACGAAUUUUUCGUUGCACUCUGCAUUGUCAGAACUAGUUUUUCAUAUCUCUGAAGAUGAUUCUGAAGUAGAAAAAGACUAUUGUACUGUAUAUUGGAUAUGUGCAUCAUAUAAUUUAGCUGAUUUCUGUCAAUUACGUAGGAUGAUAAUGGAAUAAUCCGAGUGGUAGGAGAUUGUUCAGUAAAAAAGAAAUACUCUCAUAUAGAUCUUGCAGUUAUGGUUGAUGGUGUUGAUGUUGAUAGAGGUGCAUCAGUGGCUGGAAGUCGCGGCUAUUUCAUGAAGGUAAGAAAUUUAUUUAUAAUAAUAAGUUAUUUAUUGAAUUACCGUAAAGUCUCGAAAGUAAGCGCCCCUCGAAAGUAAGCGCCUUUUUGAACACUUGCUAGAAAAUCUGGAAAGUAAGCGCCCCCUCGAAAGUAAGCGCCCCACCCCCGAAAACGUUUUUUAAAGUUGUAAAACAUACUGUAGGGUAUAUAUAAAGAUAACAAUUUAUAUAAAGAUAACAUUUCGAAUAAUGACAUGAUAAAACAUGUAGAAACAGUAAUUUUAAGGACCAAGUUUAUACACUAUACCGCAUUUGCAACGCCGUUGGAGCGACUUCCGCACGUGUUUUCUCCUAUAACCAUUUACUCUAUAGCAUGGAUUUAAAAAUGGCCGAUGCUGAAAAUAACAACUGGAAAGUAGGCGCUCUUCGAAAGUAAGCGCCCCCUCGAAAGUAAGCGCCCCUUGAGGCCACUAAUUUCGAAAGUAAGCAGGGCGCUUACUUUCGAGACUUUACGGUAUGUUCGCUAUUGACAUACAUGCAGUAGGGCCAAUUUUAUGUCUUAAUGUUAUAAUCGAGAAGUUCAGAUUUGCCUUUCACUACCGAUACCGCUACCAAUCAGAUACAUUUGAUAUGUCCGAUUAACCAAUCAGAUGCGUACUAAGCGAGUGAGUGGUAGUAGAAGUCAAAUCCUCUCUAUUAUGAGAAAUCUGUAAUUUGGCAGUUCAGCUUAAAUCAUAAACUUGUGCCAGGAACACAUUUGAAAAAAGCCCAUCUGAAAAAAGUCUAACGGAAUGAUCAUCAAAAAGAAAAUGGUCUGUCUCCAGCAGACGACAGGCAUGCAUGUCAUUUUCCUGAGGGUAAAGACUGCAAUUGACAUGGUUGUGUACUCCCGUAACAUUAGUGUGUGCCCAAAUUAGAAUAAAUCGGCAUUUUAUAUUUUAGGGUCCGUUAAUAUUCUUAGAGUACGCUCUACUCCAACAUUCAAUGCAGAUGCUGUAUGAAAAAGGAUUUACACCACUUUAUACGCCAUUCUUCAUGCGUAAAGAUGUCAUGCAAGAAGUUGCUCAGUUGAGUCAGUUUGAUGAAGAAUUGUACAAGGUGCGUGCGAUCGCAUAUUCAAGCAAGAAAGAGAACAGUAAAUUGCAAUGUUUCCUAAGUAUACGAUGAAAGAAAAACAAUAAGAAAACAACACAGAGAAAAAUUAAAUGCAAAUUCAAAAGUUUUGACUAAGAUUUGAAGAUGUUUGGAUUAACUGCUUUGCUGACAUUAUAGUGUAAUAAGUCGGUCAUUCAUUUCAUGAUACUUGUUAAUAAUAAGUCAAAAUACGAGAUAUUUUUUAUUCAGGCAAACUCUUGGCAUGAUCCAGGAAACGUGUCCCGCCUCUUACAUCCUGUACCGUCAUGUAGAGAAUAUUAUGAUAGGUCCUAGUGUUUUACAGUACAAUGUAUAUACUAUGUAUGUGUAUAAGUAUGUAAGAUUCAGUUCCGCAUCUCAGUUAUCAUCACAGGUUGUAGGUAAAGGAACUGCUGAAGAUGGUACAGUUGAUGAGAAAUAUUUAAUAGCAACAAGUGAACAACCAAUAGCAGCAUUUCAUAGAGGAGAAUGGCUUGAUCAAAAUGACCUACCUAAGAAAUAUGGCGGUACUUCUACAUGUUUCAGACAGGAGGUUGGAGCCCAUGGUCGUGAUACACGUGGAAUAUUUCGUGUUCACCAAUUUGAGAAGGUAUCGUGCAUUCAUUUAUAUUAAUCUGAC